CACUCACUUCACUCCACUCUUUCAAUGGCGACGUUAAUCUCCAGUUUUGUUCCUCUGUUUCUUCUUCUUUCGAUUUCCUCUAGUUUCUGGAUAUCGUUUUCCAGUGAUGAAACUAUUAAAACCUUCAUCUUUCGUGUAGAUUCUCAUUCAAAGCCGUCCAUUUUCCCCACACACUACCACUGGUACACUUCCGAGUUCGCCGAGCCAACUCGCAUCCUCCAUACAUACGACACCGUCUUCCAUGGCUUCUCGGCGUCUUUAACGGAAACCCAUGCUGCUUCCCUCAGUAACCAUCCUUCGGUUCUUGCUGUUUUCGAAGAUCGGCGCCGAGAACUUCACACAACUCGCUCCCCUCAGUUCCUCGGCCUCCGGAACCAGCACGGGCUUUGGUCGGACUCCGAUUAUGGAUCCGAUGUCAUAAUCGGAGUGUUCGACACUGGGGUCUGGCCCGAACGACGGAGCUUCUCGGACACGAAUCUCGGUCCGGUUCCUGCUCGCUGGAAAGGGGUGUGUCAAACCGGAGCCAGAUUUGUUGCUAAAAACUGUAACCGAAAACUAAUCGGUGCGAGAUUCUUCUCUAAAGGUCAUGAAGCGGCCGCUGGACCGGGUGGUCCGAUUGCUGGAAUUAACCAAACGAUCGAGUUUAUGUCGCCGAGAGAUGCUGACGGUCACGGAACUCACACGGCCUCUACGGCCGCCGGGAGAAAUGCAUUUCGCGCCAGCAUGGGAGGUUACGCUGCCGGAAUAGCAAAAGGCGUGGCUCCGAAAGCAAGACUGGCGGUUUACAAAGUCUGUUGGAAGAAUUCAGGCUGUUUUGAUUCUGACAUUUUAGCCGCUUUCGAUGCUGCCGUUAACGAUGGUGUCGACGUGAUUUCGAUUUCGGUCGGUGGCGGAGACGGAAUCUCCACUCCGUAUUAUCUCGAUCCCAUCGCAAUUGGAGCAUACGGCGCGGUUUCGCGAGGGGUAUUUGUUUCAUCCUCGGCUGGAAACGAUGGGCCUAACAUAAUGUCGGUUACCAACCUUGCUCCUUGGUUGGUUACUGUUGGAGCUGGAACAAUUGACCGGAAUUUCCCGGCGGACGUUGUCCUCAGUGAUGGGCGGAGGUUAAACGGCGUGUCGUUGUACUCUGGCGUGCAGUUAAAAGGAAAGAUGUACCCCGUGGUUUAUCCAGGAAAAUCUGGGGAGCUCUCAACUUCUUUAUGCAUGGAGAAUUCUCUUGAUCCUAACGUUGUUAAGGGAAAAAUCGUGAUCUGUGAUCGAGGGAGUAACCCAAGGGUGGCUAAAGGCAUGGUUGUGAAGGAAGCCGGUGGUGUCGGCAUGAUUCUUGCAAACGGUGCUUCAAAUGGUGAAGGUUUGGUCGGUGAUGCUCAUCUUUUGCCCGCUUGUGCUCUCGGGUCCGAUGAAGGGGAUGCGGUGAAAAAAUAUGUUUCGUCGUCGCCGAAUCCGAUAGCUACUAUUGAUGUUAAGGGUACUGUGAUUGGCAUCAAGCCAGCCCCUGUUGUGGCUUCCUUUUCUGCGAGAGGACCCAAUGGGUUAAACCCUGAAAUUCUUAAGCCGGAUUUGAUUGCUCCCGGGGUUAACAUUUUGGCUGCUUGGACUGACGCUGUCGGCCCGACCGGGUUGGACACCGAUCCGAGGAAAACAGAGUUUAACAUUCUGUCAGGAACCUCCAUGGCUUGCCCUCAUGUUAGUGGUGCAGCGGCUUUGCUUAAGUCGGCACACCCUGAUUGGAGUCCGGCUGCAAUUCGAUCCGCCAUGAUGACUACUGCAAGUAUAACCGAUAAUACAAAUCGGCCUAUGAUUGAUGAAGCAACAGGGAAGCCAUCCACUCCUUACGAUUUCGGUGCCGGCAAUCUCAAUCUCAAUCACGCAAUGGAUCCGGGACUUAUUUACGACAUUACUAAUAGUGAUUACGAGAUCUUCUUGUGUGCUAUCGGUUAUAAUCCUAAGUUAGUACAAGUUGUCACGAGGUCUCCGGUGGCUUGUCCAAUGAAGAAGCCAUUGCCCGAGAACCUUAACUACCCUUCAAUUGCUGCAUUGUUUUCAACCACAUCAAGGGGUCCAUCGAGCAAGACGUUUCUAAGGACCGUGACUAAUGUGGGUCAGGCAAAUGCCGUCUAUGUCACGAAGAUAGCGGCACCGAGAGGGGUUACCGUGACGGUGAAGCCGAUGAAGCUGGUGUUCACACCAGCAGUGAAGAAGAUAAGCUUUUUCGUGACCAUAACAGCAGAUAGUAAGCAUCUGGUGUUGGAUGAUGCAGGAGCUGUUUUCGGGUCACUGACAUGGACAGAUGGGAAUAACACGCAUGUGGUGAGGAUCCCCAUCGUCGUUACUCAACUCGAUCCUUUGUAAACCAGUAAGCUUGGGAUUUCGAUCGAUCAAUGUAGGUCUUGAUCGGUAUGAAUGAGUGGGGUAACUGAGUUUUUAAGGUAGCACAAGUGUAGAACUUAGUGAAGCACUUUGUUCCCUUUUUGUGUGCUUUGUUUUGUUCAUCUUUGGCAGGGGUAGAGGAUUAGGGGAGUCCUUAAAAAAGAAAAAGAAAAAAGCAGGGUUUGAGGGGUGAUUUAGUGCUGGUUUUUUACUUUAAUUUCUCUUCAUUAUAUAUAUUGUAUUUAUAAAGUUUAAGAAGAUUAUGCAAGACAGAAUAGUUUGAAG